AUGAGUGCGGACGACUCCACUGACCGUGGCCGGAGCACAAGAGCACUGUCGCCUACAAAUUAUACAACGGCCUCGGAGAAUACGAGGGAUUUUUUGACAGGACGUAACAAUGAAAGUGAAAGCGAGCAUCAAUCAGCUUUAUUGUCUAAUGACGUGCAAUCGCAUGAUAAAGUUAAUAAGCGAAAUAAGAGCUUUAGUAACCCCGAUGAUGAAAAGAAGGCUCUCAAAAAACAAAUCAAACAAUUGCAGGGAACAAUCGCUUCAAAAGAAGUUAACAUUAAUAAACUCAUGUCUUUGAAUACCGAACUCGAAAAAUACAACGCUAGCUUGCGCAAACGAGUAGAUUCGCUCGAAAAGCAUGCAGACACGCUCGAGAAGCAAGUAGAAACUCUCGCGAAACAGAAAGAACAGUUUAAGGAAGAAGCAUCUAGGUAUCAAUCGGCUCUCGGCGAUGCAACUAGUCACGUCUUCAAAGAAGAUGAUCCCAAUAACCCAAUAUUUUUGAAACGCCAUAUACAAGCAUUAGAAAAGAAGCUUGACAACAUUGCCAGGACAAAAGGCGCAACGAUAACCAUUGAACCUUCCAAGGAGUCAACAAAGUUAGUUAAUAGAUAUUUGCAUCCUUACAAAAUACAAGAGGGCGACGUAGACAAGGUAUUGCUUAAAGCCGCUUUACAACGAAUGAUUAUUGAGGAGAUUUUAAAAAAGACAGCUGUCGCACAAAAAAAAGAAACAUCCACGCUCGAAUUUGGCAUAGCUCAGACAACCGAAACUCUUUGUUCCAUGAUUGCUCAAUUCAUUUCUGAUAACAAGAUAAGCGAUAAUAUUGCAGAUUUGGUCCCAGAUAAAAUUCGACAACAAACAUACAGUCUGCUCGGAACCCAUGCGUUUACCGAUGCGAACCAUCCAUUCAUCAAAAAGAACUCGGAGGAAAUGUUACGCGUUCUCGAUAGAUAUCGUACAAACAAAAAAGACGAACAAGAAAAGCUCUCACAGACAAAUGAGAUGAUCCGUACUUUGAUUCGUGUGCUGUAUUUCCGUCCAAAGGUGUUCGCAAAUGCGAAAAUCGAAUUCGCCGAGUCUGGUGUCGAAUUCGACGACGCUCUUAUGAGAGGAGCUCAAUUAGACGAGGAUGAUGCAGAGGAGAGCGCGCUAGUGGCGCUAUGCUCCUUGCCUAUGGUGUAUAAGGAACAGAAAAAGGAGGGAAACAUAAUUUAUGGUAAAGCAAAAGUGUCGUUGCGAAAGGAAAAUGAUGAGAGGUUUGAGCUGAAAGCAGACGAUGAGGUGGAAGAGGAAGGAGACUCAAAGUCAGAGUUUGGUGGGGAGAGUUAUGUCAAUAUACAAAAACCAGGAAAUCAUAUGCAAUCCAAGAACGGGACACAAGAUUUAUGGACGAGUCCGAGUGCAAACGUACAAACGACAAAUGGGAAUUCAGGCACAAAACGGCCGCAUGCAGAUCCCAAUGAAACCAAUUCCUCUUACAAAUUAAUAGUCAGAUGCGAGGAUGAAUGA